AUGAUCGAAAACAUUGACAUUGAGCAGAAUGUAAAUGAAAUAUUACCACGUUUAUUUGAUAAAUUACCGAAUAAUUCAUUAUUUGUUAUGGAUUUGUUACCAAUUCGUGUAAUAAAAUUAUUGUGUAAACAAUUUAAUCAAUCUAUCAGUCAUAUAUUAGUUGAUAAUGAGCCAAUUGUUCCAUCACCCUGUAUUAAAGUUACGAAUGAAAAAUUUGAAUUAUACCUCGAUUGGAAAUUAAUUAUAAGAACAACAAGUCCUACAACAGCAUUAGCAUUAUUAUUAUCGUUAUAUAAUGUGUUUGGAAUUAAGUUUGCUAAAAACAAUCAUACUUCUCAUUUACUAUAUGGUGAAUUUUUUCAAAAUGGAGAUGAACUUGGUAAAAAUCUACGAAUUAUAUUAAAUUCAUGGCAUUUCACAUUCGAAGAUCGAAUAAAACAUUCUCAAAUUCAAGCAACAAACGUUAUCGAUUCUGUCAAUAUGCCAUCCACGUCAAACUUACAGGUUCAUUCUACAUCAGCAACAACGACAGAAAUUAUUCAAUCAUCUAUAAUAUUGAACAAUAAAGAAAAUCAAUCACCUACAUCACCACAAUCAAUUCCAUUAAUAAUAGACGAACAAGAAGAACAACAACCGUCUGAUAAUCCAUUAAUACAAGUGCAUGAACCUGAACAAAUGGAUAUUGCUAUUGAGACACCAUCAAUCUCGUCUAUAUUUUCAAGAAUCAAAACAAAAUCUAACACAAAAACAAAAUCUCGUACUUCUUCGAAUUCUCAAAAUGCAGCAUUGAGAGAUGCGACAAACAGAGAAGAACCAUCAACUGCAUUAGCCAAGAACAAAAAAAGAAAACUGCCACCAUCACCACAACAACAACAACGAAAACAGUCAUCACGUUUAAUAGCUAAAAGAAGUCGACAGGACGAUUCUUCUUUUUAA